UUUAUUUUGUAUACAUGAUGAAAGUGCCUCUAAAUGCAAUGGAUGCAUAUAUACUAAUACUGUGGAUCAUCAUUUCUGUUGAAUUGUUCCUUCCUGAAUUCAAAUUCCCAUUCAUUUGCUUGGCGUGAGUCGAUUCUGGAAUUCUUAAGAUUCCUAGCUGCUCCUUUCCCUUCCACACCUUUAGGUCUUACUGUGUCGUAGACGUGACUGUAUAUGUUUCUGAAUGUGGUGCCUGGAGGCAGAGGCUGGAGGACACUGCAUUCUGCAACGGUCUCCUCAGCUGAGGAGAUGCUGUGCCGUUGAGGCAGACAGUCCCACCCGGCGUCACGUCGAUUUGCAUUUGGGCCUGAGUGGUGGAGUCACGCCGUUCCUCAGGAUGGUCCGUAAGGCGUUGAAGUUCCGUUGGGAGAAUUUCUGCUAGUCGUCCUCUGCCGUAAUGGGCUUUUCUUUCUGUGCCGUUGUCCUUCUGCCUUGCGGUAGUUGCCCUUGACAAAUAAGCCCCUGAAAAACAGGUCUGUGCUAUAAAUCUUGCGAAAUUUGGGCACUAUUUUUCCCAAAGCGCUAUGGAAAUACUAUCCUCUGGCAACCAAUUUGGGGUUUUGGUUUGACUAGCUAGCUGCCUUAUUACUCAUUACACAUCAACACUUUUAAACAAAAACUUGUUUUGCGUCGGGACAAUAGCACAUGAUGCAAUGUGAAGUGUAUAUAAUCUAGACAUUGUGUCAGUGUUAGUAGGUUGUAGUAUUUUGUUUAAUAAAUGUGUAAAUGUAGCAGCAUGAUGAUGAGCUAGAAGCAAUUCCAUCUCAGUUGUAUAUUGAUGAGCUGACAGUCGAGGUCUCUUGAAGUAUCGGGGUUAAAUGCAUGUUGAUGGACAGGAGACUGGAAGUUGCCCAGAGCUGGGGAGUCGCUGAGGCGGCAUGCGACAUGCCUGCACUCGCAGCGCUGGAACCUGAGCAAGAAUGAGGGCAGCCUGGUACUGGCUGGGUCUCGUGCCUGCCGGGGCAUGCACGCCUCUGUUUGCUUAAGAAAGGGGGAGGGAGGAUUAGAAAGACAGAAAAAGCGAGUGAGAAACUGCACACACGACGGGACAGGUAGGGAGACGGGACAGGGACCCGUCUGCCGCCCUCCUCACCAGAGUCAAAGGCGGGGAUUCGGCCAGGGUGCGGAGCCCCUUGGAGUGGAACCUGUCGGACUUCCCCGGGGUGUUGAGGGUCGGUCUCUGUGCCCCUCUCGCUACCCCCUCCCCCUCCUAAGUGCACCCCUGUCAUGUCCGAUAACGGUGAGCUGGAAGACAAACCUCCGGCGCCCCCCGUUAGAAUGAGUAGCACCUUCAGCUCUGGUGGCAAGGACCCACUGUCAGCCAAUCACAGCUCAAAGCCCCUGCCCUCAGUGCCAGAGGAGAAGAAAUCCCGGAACAAGAUUAUAUCCAUCUUCUCUGGAACGGAAAAAGGUGGUAGGAGGAAAGAUAGAGACAAGGAGCGACCAGAGAUCUCACAUCCGUCCGACUUCGAGCACACGAUUCACGUGGGAUUCGAUGCCGUCACCGGAGAAUUCACUGGCAUGCCGGAGCAAUGGGCGCGGCUUCUCCAGACAUCCAACAUCACCAAGUCAGAGCAGAAGAAGAACCCUCAGGCCGUGUUGGAUGUUCUGAAGUUCUAUGACUCGACUGGCAACGGCAGACAGAAAUACCUCAGCUUCUCAGCCUCGGACAAGGAUGGAGAAGCAAACAAAAAGGGACCUGGAACUUCAGUUAAGGAAGUCGAAGAUGAUGACGAUGAAGGGGCUCCGCCCCCCGUUGUGGCUCCACGGCCGGAACAUACCAAAUCAGUGUACACCCGCUCUGUCAUCAACCCUAUCCCCGCGCCAGCUACCAGUCCAGAAGGGGAGGCUGCCUCCAAGGCCGCGGAUAAGCAGAAGAAGAAGGGCAAGAUGACGGAUGAGGAGAUCAUGGAGAAGCUGAGAACCAUUGUCAGUAUUGGAGAUCCUAAGAAAAAGUAUACACGUUACGAGAAAAUUGGACAAGGGGCUUCCGGUACUGUGUUUACAGCCAUCGACGUCGCCACUGGACAGGAGGUUGCUAUUAAACAGAUCAACCUGCAGAAACAGCCCAAGAAGGAGCUGAUCAUCAACGAGAUCCUUGUGAUGAAAGAAUUGAAGCAGCCCAACAUUGUAAACUUUUUGGACAGCUUCUUGGUGGGCGAGGAGCUCUUUGUGGUGAUGGAGUAUUUGGCCGGUGGCUCCCUGACGGAUGUGGUGACGGAGACUUGCAUGGACGAGGCUCAGAUCGCUGCCGUCUGCCGGGAGUGUUUACAAGCCCUGGAGUUCCUACAUGCCAACCAAGUUAUCCAUCGAGACAUCAAAAGCGACAACGUGCUGCUCGGCAUGGACGGCUCUGUAAAGCUCACCGAUUUCGGCUUCUGCGCCCAGAUCACGCCGGAGCAGAGCAAGCGCAGCACCAUGGUGGGCACGCCCUAUUGGAUGGCCCCGGAAGUCGUGACUCGGAAGGCUUACGGACCCAAGGUGGACAUCUGGUCCCUGGGCAUCAUGGCCAUCGAGAUGGUGGAAGGCGAGCCCCCAUACCUUAACGAGAACCCAUUAAGGGCCCUGUACCUGAUAGCCACUAACGGCACCCCAGAGCUUCAGAACCCAGAGAAACUCUCCCCAAUAUUCCGGGACUUUCUGAACCGCUGUCUCGAGAUGGACGUGGAGAAGAGAGGCGGGGGCAAGGAGCUGCUGCAGCACCAGUUUCUGAAGGUAGCCAAGCCUCUCUCCAGCCUGACGCCCCUCAUCCUCGCAGCCAAGGAAGCCAUGAAGAGCAACCGCUAGCCCCCCCCCCCCAAAUCCUUUCUGGGUUCCCCCCCUUUGAACUUGGUUUCCCCCCCCUGUAUCCAUCUGGCCUCAGUACUGCCUGUAAUUCCACACAGUGUCCAUUGGGGGCAGUGUGCAUGUGGGUUGUCUCCUUUUGACCCCGCAAAGCAGGGGUGCCUUUAUUCGGCCAGCCCUGUUGUCCUAAUAAUCCCCGAUUAUGUUAAUGACUAUGGGUACAGCUCAUAUUUCGCCUCAUCACCCCAGAAAAUCUGUGUCCAGAUUUUUUUUUUCUUCCACGUUGGUAUCAUAAUACUUGAAACUCAAGUCAUCUCCGAACAAUGCUCUCCUUUCACUCGUGCCAUUUUGUUUUUACUUUUAUUUAAGAAAAAAGGGCAGAAAACUGUGUACAAUGACUUCUUUUAAUAACAUGGGAAAUAGGAGACUAAAAUUUAAGCUUCUGUAUAUUAUGUACUUGGAGAACAAAGAAACUCAAACUGAUUUUGCUGUUUUUAUAUGUAUAGGUAUAAACUAACAAGGAGUAUUACAAGGUUAAAUAUGUGAAACGGUUGUCUUAAUUUGUAAUAUGUUUAAUUUUCCUGUUUUUCAUUUUGCUAGUAAAACUACAUGCCCACAAAAUCAAAGAACAAUCUUUUGAAUUUGAGCUGAAGAAAAGUAAUUCUCCCCCCCCACACUAAUUUAAGAUUAAACCUGAGACGUUGGAGCCCUCAUUUUGCUAAAAUGAUUAUGUAUAAUAAAUUUUUACAAUUCUCACAAUUUUGAGUAAGAUUUUUGCCGCUCAUUUUUCUAUCGGUCUAUUUUUGUGCGUACGCGGUGUGAGUUGGAUCAGGUGUGACCCUCAGAGCAGCUUUUUUUUCUAGCAAAGUCAGAAUAAAAACCUCUCCAAGGUGAUGAAUGGUU